AUGGGCGAGUACAUUGAGCCCGGUGCUGCCUCUUUGGCUCCCGAUGUUUCUCCCGAGCAUGAUGACUCAAUUUGGUUGAAUUGUGCGGCAGUUCUUCCUGAGACUGAUAAAGAGCCGAUCCUCGUUCUGGCUUGGGUGCUUCUGCUUCAUCGCGGGACUGUACAAAGUCAAGAUGCAGGGUUUUCCUGGGAGAAAAGCGGAAAGGUUCAAGGAGCCCUCAUCAAGGAUGUAAUUGAGGGGGAUGCCACCACGUUAGGGUCGGCCUUGCAAGUCAUCCGAACCUUGGGUGACUUUUCCGAAGCCGAAGACAUAAUGGCUUUGAAGGAUUCUGGCAAAACCACAGAUUCCGCAUUUGAUUUGGAAGCAAAAUACUCGCAGGGAAAACUCUAUAUUCGUGGAAUUUCGAAAGCUCCCACCGCAACCCAACCCGUCAACGCCAUUCUACCCCAUGUUUUCGCGGAUGUUAUUUCCUUCAUUGUUGCAGGUCUGGAACAGCCUGUUUGCGAGGCUAUCCAGAUCAAAAAUCAGGAACUCGCACAAAUAUGGAAAUGGAAUGGUCCAAUGCCACAAACAAUCGACCGCUGUAUCCAGGAUAUGAUCAGCGAGAAGGCACAAAGCCAGCUUGAACGUCCCUCUGUUGUCUCGUGGGACGGGGAAAUGACCUAUGCACAACUCGAGGAGCGGUCAACAUGGCUAGCCAAACAUCUGGUCCAAUUGGGCCUGCGAAUCGGUCGAGCUGUGCCUUUGUGCUUCGAGAAGUCAAUGUGGACCAUUGUUGGUGUAUUGGCAGUUAUGAAAGCAGGUGGCGCAUUGGUCCUUAUGGAUCCUAGUCAGCCAGAGGGACGACUUAGCACAAUUGCCACCGAGGUGAAUGCGGAAUUUAUUCUGACGUCGGAGUUGCAGACAGGUCUUGGCUCUCGUAUCGUCCCUGAUGGAACGCAGAUUGUUGUUGGGCCAACUCUAUUUAAAACUCAACCUGAGCUUCCGUCUGUCAUCUUACCGAUCGUACCCGCAUCAUCGGCCCUAUACAUCCAAUUCACUUCCGGGAGUACGGGCAAGCCAAAGGGAGUGGUCAUCUCUCAUUCGAACUACACCAGUGGAGCGGUGCCUCGUGCCGCAGCUGUUGGAUAUGGAGAGCACUCGCGCGUGCUGGAUUUCCCAUCAUAUGCUUUCGAUGUCAGUGUAGACUGUAUGCUGUGCACUCUAGCUAAUGGUGGGUGUAUCUGUGUGCCAUCAGAGGAUCAAAGAGUCAACGAUCUCAGCGGUGCUAUUCGUAGCAUGAGCGUGAACAUGGCACAUAUGACACCAUCAGUUGCGCGUGUUCUAGCUCCCGAUAUCAUGCCCUCGUUGGAGAUUCUGGGUCUCGGUGGUGAAGCGAUCACUGCUAGUGACGCUGCGGACUGGGGCCGAAAGACGCACAUUGUCAUUGCUUACGGGCCAUCUGAAUGUACGGUUGGCUGUACGAUCAACAACUCCAUUCCUCUCGAUAGGUCGUACACCAGUAUAGGACAGGGCGUUGGAGGAACGACGUGGGUAGUGAACCCAUCCAACGAGGACCAGUUGGUUCCGAUCGGUGCUGUCGGAGAGCUGCUCAUCGAAGGCCCAGUUGUUGGUGAUGGCUACCUCAACAACCCAGAGAAGACGGCAGAGGUCUUCAUCGAGGACCCUGCCUGGUUGAUUGCAGGUGGCGGAAAUUACCCAGGUCGCAAGGGUCGUCUCUACAAAACAGGUGAUCUGGUCCGGUAUGACCCCGAUGCAUCUGGUAGUAUUGUGUUCAUCGGACGUGCAGACUCGCAGGUGAAGCUUCGAGGUCAACGAGUGGAGCUCGGUGAAGUUGAAUACCACGUCCGAAACUACCUUCCUGUCGGAGCAAGCGUCGCUGCGGAAGUGGUCUUUCCGGGUGGAAAGAAAUCGGAUGCCACACUGGUAGUCUUCGUGGCAGAGGAAAAGAGCGAGAAGACGGGUGUUCCUGGAGAGAUCACUUCGUUCUCGACUGCAUUCCAAAGGCUUCUGUCCGAUAUUGACGAGGCUCUUGCGACUAAUCUCCCACGAUACAUGAUCCCUGCCGCAUAUAUUCCACUUGACCAGAUGCCACUCUUGGUUUCUCUAAAGACAGACCGGAAACAGCUCCGUGCUUUGGCGAGCGAGCUAACAAGACGACACAUUGCCGAGUUGAAGAUCUCCACAGCAGCGAAGGUAGAACCUCGCACAGAGAUGGAGCACAGACUUCAAGUUCUAUGGAUGAAGCUAUUUGGAGAUGAUACUGAAAUUGGCGUCCACGAUCAUUUCUUCAGUCUUGGAGGUGACUCACUAAAAGCCAUGAGAAUGGUAGCUGCUGCACGCGAGCAACUUCUCGCCGUUCAAGUCACCGACAUCUUUCAACAUCCAACCAUCGAGAAGCUAGCCCUACAUGUGGUGGAAAUCAAGAGCACGGAAACGCCAGAUAUUCCUCCCUACUCGCUCAUCCCAGAGGGCUGGGAGCCUCAGGAAGCCCAGAUGGAGGUUGCACAUCUUUGCAAUUUGGAUCCCGCUGAAGUAGAGGAUGUUUAUCCCUGCACUCCUCUCCAAGAAGCACUCAUGGCUCUUUCGGCCAAAUAUUCAGAUGCAUAUGUCGCACAGCGAGUGAUAGAACUUCCUGAUGCCAGUGCAGCCGAGCAGCUGAGAUCUGCCUUCGAGGGUGUAUCUGCAGACUCUGGAAUCUUACGCACCAGGAUUGUGCAGGUACCCCGUCGCGGUUUAAUGCAAACAGUCGUGCGGACAAGCUCUCCCUGGACCGAGAGCUCUAAUCUUGCCGAAUACCUGAACCAAGACACAUUGAAAGGAAUGGGUCUGGGCACAGAGCUUGCGCGUUUUGCCAUAGUCAAAGAUGAUACAACGAACAAGAGUAGUAUUGUUCUCAGCAUUCACCACGCACUAUAUGAUGGCUGGUCCAUGCCGUUGAUCGUGGAUCGGGUGAACCGCUCAUAUCGCGGUGAGAGUGUGGGCAGUCCAGCCCCCUUCAAGAGCUUCAUCAAGUGGCUUCUGGAUACUGAUAGAAGGUCAUCCAAGUCUUAUUGGACUCAGCAACUGCAAGGUGCUACGUCCAUUCAGUUCCCUGUCAUCCCAUGCGUGGGAUACCAACCUCGCGCCGACUCUUUACUGGAGCACUAUGUCAAGCUGCCUCGUCCAUCAUCAAGCUCAACAACUAGCAUCGCCACCGCUAUUCGAGGCGCCUGGGCUCUUCUUGCCUCGCAGUACACAUCAUCAGAUGACAUUGUCUUUGGAGAGACGAUGACCGGCCGAACGGCGCCUGUCGCAGCUGUAGAAGAGAUUGAGGGUCCAAUGAUUACCACUGUCCCUGUUCGCGUCUGUGUCGACCGCAACGCUCGGGUAUCGGAUUAUCUUCAAAGCAUUCAUGAUCAAGCCUUGCACCGCAUUCCGCACGAGCACAUGGGUCUGCAGCACAUCCGACGCCUGAACGCCGAUGCACGGGAGGCGUGCGAGUUGCGCACUGGCAUUGUCAUCCAUCCAACCGCUGAGGAGACUGCUGUUAAUUUGGAGAAAAACCCUGCAACCGCAUUCGUUCCCACAAGCGAAGCCGAGGCCGCCCGUGAAGCACUCAAAUUCAACUCGUAUUCCAACAUGCUGGUCUUCACAGUCGAUCAUAAGGGAUUUCUUAUCAUGGCCAGCUUUGAUUCCAAGACAAUUGAUAUCCCUCAGAUGAAGCGAGUGUUGGAGCAAUUUGACGAACUGAUCCAGAAGCUCAUCGACAACCCAAGCCAGCGCAUUCAAAGCAUCUAUGAUUCCACCGGACAGGUUGAUAUGACGGAACAACGUCGUCUAUCCGAAAUAGGUCCAAAAAGUCUUUCCGCCAAGGAUAUCUAUCCUGAUGCAAAGGCAACUUGGAUUGUAGAUCCCAACGACCAUGAAUGCCUGGUUCCUGUUGGCGGAGUUGGAGAACUUGUCGUUGAGCGGGAGGGCAAGUCAGAUGUGGGCGACCUUGUUACCACGCCAACUUGGCUUGGCCAUUCUGCGAAGCUCUGCUCUACCAACCAACUGGCGAAGUACACCAGUGAAGGUUCAGUCAUCAUUGUUCGUGCCAAAGAUGCCCAAAUCGGACUAAGCAGACCUCGCGUCAAGAGACACGACAGUGGCACCGCUGUGGCGACCGUCCCUCAGCAAAAGCUCCAACGACUCUGGGGGCAAAUUCUGGAGGUCCCCUUCGAGAAUAUUCUUUUGGAUGAUGACUUCUUUGACCUGGGAGGUGACUCCAUCCGUGCCAUGAAGUUAGUCUCCGAGGCACGAGCUGAAAGUCUGCAGCUGACUGUGACUACCAUCUUUGACCACCGGACUCUGUCUGACAUGGCUGAACAUGCUGUUGAGGCUCAGCCGGCGGAGAUGGUUGCCCAUGAAUACGUACCAUUCAGUACUCUAGCAUGCACCGACAUCAAAUCAUUCAUCGCCAAUAUUCAUCCUAAGCUGGCCAAGCCCGAGUGGAAGGUCAUCGACGCGUAUCCAAGCCGACCACUCCAGGAGAUUGCUGUCCAGGGUACCGUUCAACUUCCUCGCUAUUCCGUGCGAUACGAAAUUUUCUAUAUGGACAUCGCGGUGGACCGUGACCAGCUUUUCAAAAGCUGUCAGGAGCUUGUUUCUCGUAAUGAGAUUCUUCGAACGAUGUUCGUCGAGCAUGAUGGAACAUCCCUGGGCGUGGUGGUGGAAGAAAUCGAAUGUCCAAUCGUCGAAUACGAGAUCGACACUGACAUCGAGGCCUUCAGCCAAAAGGUCUGCGAGGUAGACGUUCAAUCGCGCAUACAGCGUGGAUCUCCCUUCGUGAAGUUCAUUUUCGUUCAACAUGUGGACGGACAGAGCAGCCUGCUUAUGCGCAUUUCGCAUGCUCAGUAUGAUGAGAUCUGUCUGCCUAUUUUGUUGCAACAGCUCUCAGCUCUUUACGAGGGAAGACCAGUGCCUAAAGCCCUGCCAUUUUCCUCAUAUGUUGACCACGUCCUUCGCGCCAACAUGGCGGUCAGCAUUCCGUACUGGCAAAAUCUCCUGCAAGGCUCAUGCAUGACAAAGAUCCAACCAGACAUCCCUAUUGUUUCUGGCGCCCACUUCGCCAUCUCCAAGGAUGUCAGCAUCGCCGCACGACCGAGAGACAUCACAGUCGCUACUCUGCCUACUGCAGCUUGGGCACUAUGUCUUGCGCGCCGUCUCUCCCUUGAUGACGUGACUUUCGGUGAGGUAGUCAGUGGCCGGAACAUUGGCCUUCCCAAUGCCGAUGCAGUUGUUGGACCAUCAUGGCAAUAUGCACCUGUGCGCGUAAAUUUUGCAAAGGGAUGGACUGCAAUGGAUCUCCUGCGAUUUAUCCAGCGGCAACAUCUUGAAAGCGCGCAAUACGAGGGUAUGGGAUUGAAGGAGAUUGCCCAGCAAUGUACCGACUGGCCGGAGACAGUUGACUGGUUCGAUUCUGUUGUCCACCAGGACGUUGAGCACGUUGAAGAUCUGUCUUUCAUGACUGCCAGUAGUCGCAUGCAGACUGUCUACCCACAUUUUGAGCCCUUGCGGGAGAUUAAGGUGCAGGCGUUCCCCAAGGGUGAUACUCUUUGCAUUGAGAUUGUCACUGUACAGUCGUGGUCUGACUUCGCUGUCAAGUUGCUGGAUGACGUUGUUGCUACUGUUGAUGAAUUAGUCAACCGGGUUAAUGACAAGAUUCUGUGA